UUCGAUAAAAUGUCCGAACGAACUGUUGUUUCAUGGACAACUUUGAUACCUGCUUAGAAGCUCUCGAUUUGUUUGACUCCAUGAAAGUUAUGGGUCCAAAACCAAACUAUAUAACAAUGCUUGGGGUUCUAUUUGCAUGUAGUCAUGCAGGGCUGGUCAAUGAAGGCUGAAAUUACUUUCGGUCUAUAAAGAAUUUUUAUGGAAUAGAUCUUAAAAUAGAACACUAUAGUUGCAUGCUUGAUCUUCUUGGAAUAGUUGGAAAGCUUGAUGACAUGGUUAAGCUAAUUCAGGAGAUGAAUUAUGAGUCGGAUGUUGUAGCAUGGAGGACUUUGCUUUAUGCUUGCAAAGCCCACCGAAAUGUGCGUGAAUCUCAGGAACAGUUGCCGGAGAACACCCUUGUUGGAUUAGUUACCUUUGACUCCAUGGUUUAUAUUCAUGAUCUUGGCUAUUCUGAGUGCUCAAAGGUUAUCCUAUUCCAUGGCGAUCGUGAAGUUUCGUCUAAUCAGGUACUAAAGACCAGAUAGUUCCUCAACAUUAGUCACGCCUACCACCAGCUGCAUCAUGGACAAACAACUGUUGUCCCAAAGCAGGGAUAUUUGUUGCCAAUUUCAGAAUGCGAGUUCAGCAUCACCCGGCAAUUGAAGAGAUCCAUUGUAUGUAGAAGUACGAGUAAAUACCCAUAUGAAAAAGAAGAAGAAGAGAUGAAGACGAAGAGGAGAUGAACUGUAUGAAAAUUUGGGGAUUUAGGGUUAGGAACCAACAUGGGUACAAAUUGAAAAUUAGCCAGUUCAACUAGCCAUUGGACUCCUCCAGUGUAGCAAACCGAGUCCAUGUCAGCGCUCCGGUGAUGAUUCAUCACCAGAAAUAUUGAGUGCUCGGAGCUCUAUCUGGAGGACUACAAUAGAAAA